UAAUGGUUGAACAAUGGAUAAAUACAACAUCACAUCGAGAUUAUUAUGAUCAAUGUAAUCCAAUUCAAUGUCAAUAUUCAUAUGUAGGAAAAAAUGAUUUUAUAACAGUUAUAACAACUAUUAUUGGUUUAAUUGGUGGUUUAAUCACCAUCUUGAAAGUUGUUGUACCACGUUUAGUAGCAAAAAUUCGAUCAUUUCAACAUCGUCAAAACACUGAACGUGUACCUAUUCGUACUCGAAUUGUUGGUUUAUGGGUUCAAUUGAAAAUAUUAAUUAUUAAAUUAAAUUUGUUUCAUUCUGAUGUUGAUGUGAGUGACGAUGAAAUAAAAGGCGAGAUAAUAUCUACUCGUGUUUAUAUUAUUCUUCUUGUUCUUUCAAUUUUAACACUCACUAUUUAUCGACUACAAGUAAAAAUUAUUCAAACGAUUACUAUUUCAUCACCAUCUUACGCGAAAUAUCUCGAAUUACAUGAAAUCUAUUCUUCUUCUCUGACAUGUCCAUGUACAAAUAUUGGUAUUGAACAAGGAAAUUUUAUUAAUAUUGAUGCUACUUUUCAUCAAGUGUGUCAAAGUGAUUUUAUAAAAGAGAAUUAUUUAUUAUUUCUGAAAAACUCUGUAUUAGAUGAUCUUAUUCGGAGUGGUCAAGGUCAUUUACAAUUUGUCGCAUCUUGGUGCCGUUUAGCGAAUGAAAGUUUAAGAGAUGGUCGUCUUGUAUUUAAUAGUCAACAAUUGAUAACUCAAGAAGUUUUAUCGAUUGAUAUAUUAAAAAAAGAAGUUCAAUCUCUUUCUAUUCUCUUUUUUACAUCAACAAUUAGUACAUUUGUUCGUUCAUUAUCUAUUGUUCAUGAAACAAUUCAUAUGAAUGCAUUACAAAAUGGUUUUCAAACAAAUUUCUAUCCUCAAAUUACAGGUACCUUUCCACUUUUAAAUUUACUGACAGCUACUGUAAUUUAUCCUCCAAAUGCAUGUUCUUGUGCUGUAUAUUCAACAUGUACAACACCAAAUAUAUUUCCUGUUCAAAAUAAUUCCAAUACGAUUAUUUUUACUUUUCCAGGAUUAUUAACUGGAUGUUAUUUAGAUGAAUCAACUUUUCAAUCAACUCUUCAAUGUUAUUAUAAUCAAACUUGUUUAGAUACAGUUCAUCAUUUUCUUCAAUCGACAUUAUCAACUAAUAUAACUGCUCUUAAUCGAACUCUUGAUAGUCAAUAUAAUGAAACUUCAAUUAUUCGUGAUAUAGUUAAUAAUAUGAUGAUAGAAAAUUGGACAGCUGUAGCAUUUCAUCAAUCUUUUUAUGAAACUUGUCAACCAUCAUUUUGCACUUAUUCUUAUCAAACUCAAAAUAGUAUCUCAGCUGUCAUUACUAUUGUCAUUCAACUUGUUGGUGGAUUAACUGUUCUUUUAAAGAUUUUAGUACCAAAAAUUGUGAAAAUAUUUCGUUCAUCACCUUGUAUACAUCAUGAAAACACUACACAAGGUUUCUCAGUAAAUCAAAUCUUUAUUAAAAUAAAAGAUUUUGUAAAAAACUUUAAUUUAUUUCAUUCAAAAAUAUCUUUUCAGACAAACUUACAGCGGCAAAUCCAAUUAGAAGUGAUGUCAACACGUCUCUUCAUCUUUCUCUUUAUUGUUUCAUUAUCAAUAUUUGUUAUUCUUAUUUCAUUAAUACCUGUAAAACAAACAGUAACCUUUGAUAAACCAUCGUAUGAAAAUUAUUCGAUUUUAUACAAACAACAAAAUCAAUCUCUUGAAUGUUCAUGUACAACAUUAUCAAUUGAAUAUAAUCAAUUUCUUCAAGUGAAAGUUAAUCGAACUCAUCAAAUAUGUCAAAGUAUCUAUAUAACAAAUCAAUGGAUUUUAUUUAUUUCACAACGACCAAAUGUGCUUUAUGUUCGCGAUUUUCGAAUAUUGGGACCUUCGUUCUUUCGUGCAUUGGCAUCGUUAUGUACUCUCACUGCACAGGCAAUUUCUGAUGAACUUAUUGCAUUUCAUGCACAACAAUUUGUAACGCGUUAUGUCAUAUCAUUCGAUUUAUUUCAAGAACAAGUUAGAUCGUCUAUUGAAUAUUUUAUCACAUCAACAACACUUAAUUUUAUUCGUUCUUUACAACUCGUACGAGAUACAACUCAAGGAAAUAUUCUUUUUGCUACACGUGGAACAAAUAUGAUGUUUACUUUUAAUGUUCCCGAUAAUAAGACUGUUAUAUUAUCAACAAUUUAUACUCUUUAUGGAAAUUCAUCAUCACUUUGUUCAUGUCAAGAUACGUCACAAUGUGUUAAUCAAUCAAGAAUUUAUACAAAUUACACAGGUGAAACGAUUAAAUAUUCUCUUCCCGGAAUGUAUGCUGGUUGUUUUGUUGUGGAAGCUCUACUUCAAUCAAAUCUCAUUUGUCUUUAUAAUCAAUCAUGUAUUGAUGAUCUUCGUUAUGCACUCAACGCAUCUGCUACUAAUCUCACUACAACCGCAUUGGAUUUAACAUUACCUACUCAAUA